UUUAUACUAUAAGGUCAUUUAUAUUGUUUUAGUUAUUCAGAUACCUAUGUCAGGUUUAUAGCAAUAAGCGGUGAUCUACAAAAAUACAAUAUAACUUCAUCGGCUGUACAAUGAUUGGCAUCCGGCUGUGUGCACUCUUGGUGGCAUUUUUGUGGUUAGCGGGACCGAGCGAGGCCCGGCGCAAACUCAAGCGAGACGACGUAGAAAGCUUGAAGUCAGUGGAGACUGUUGGUUUCGACGAAGAUUUUGACGAGUUAGAGCCAUGUCAAUGUGGCGUGUUCAUGUCACAGCAAGUGGGCAUCAAGGAGGGCCGUCGUAGUCGGCCGAGAGGUCCGCCGCAGGGCGAGCCCGUGGUCACGUACGACACUGAGAGUCCAAGUUUGCCAUGCGGCACUGGGGGAUUUAAGCAUUGCAUCAGCAAAUGUCUAGAUGUGAUAUUAAAGUACUUGCCGCGCGCCGGGCCAGUAAUCUGUGGCGCAGUAGAGCGAGACGUCCGCCGAGAGAAGGCGUUCCUUUUUAUCAGGAACUGCGGUGGGCAGUGGACUCCCACUAACUUUUCCGCGGGUAAAGAAUUCUGCUGUACGGAUGGACAGCAUCACAAGUGUUAGGUUUAAUUUGAUGCUAAUAAUAGGUUAAAUUAUAUAA